CCAAAUCUGCAACACUUUCAUCUUCCAGAUCCCUGAAUUAUUGCAAUCCCUUUUGCAAAUAAACAACAUGGAUCUAGCGCCGGAGGAGCUUCAGUUCCUGUCCAUAUCAGAUAUAUUUCGAGAGUCCGUUUCGAUUCCCAAAAGAUCCCCAAAAACCUUCUAUCUCAUAACCUUAGCUCUCAUUUUCCCUCUCUCCUUCGCCAUUCUGGCUCACUCGCUUUUCACUCACCCAAUCUUGAAUCAACUCGAAUCCCAUCCUUCAGCUGAUCCGACUCAGACCCGUCACGAGUGGACUAUCCUCUUAACCUUCCAGUUCUGUUACCUGAUUUUCCUCUUUGCCUUCUCUCUUUUGUCCACGGCUGCAGUUGUCUUCACUGUUGCGUCUCUCUACACGUCGAAGCCGGUCUAUUUCUCUUCCACGAUCGCUGCCAUACCCAAGGUUUUUAAGCGCCUCUUUAUUACCUUCACAUGGGUUUCUCUCUUGAUGUUUGCUUACAACGCCCUAUUGAUUGGUUUCUUGGUCUUGUUUGUCAUUGCCGUUGAUUCCCGGAAUACUUUUUUGUCAUUCCUGUCGUUUUUGGUGGUGUUGGUGCUCUUCUUGGGCGUUCACGUUUACAUCACGGCGCUUUGGCAUUUGGCCAGUGUGGUGUCGGUGCUUGAGCCUAUUUACGGCCUUGCAGCUAUGAAGAAGAGUUACGAGCUGUUGAAAGGGAGGGCGAGGAUGGCUUUCAUUUUGGUUUUUGGAUAUUUAGCGAUCUGUGGUGUCAUCGGAGGUAUUUUCGGAAGCGUGGUGGUGCACGGAGGAGAAAAGUAUGGGGUUCUUUGGAGAAUUAUUGUGGGGGGAUUCUUGGUUGGAGUUUUGGUGAUUGUGAAUCUGGUGGGCUUGUUGGUUCAGAGUGUAUUCUACUAUGUUUGCAAGAGUUAUCAUCAUCAGGGAAUCGACAAGAUUGCGUUGCAUGAUCAUCUUGGUGGGUAUCUUGGGGAGUAUGUGCCUCUCAAAAGCAGCGUUCAGAUGGAGAGCUUGGAUGCUUGAUUCCACCCAUCAAAAAAAAAUUGUAUCUUGUGAAAUGUUGUAGGCACCAAGUGUAUUCAAAUGGGCAUGUGAGAUACUAAACUACUCUGUUAUAUUUAUUUCUCCCAAACCUUUAUUUGUUGCAAUAAGAGUUUAAGUAUGUAACUGUUCAUUUGAUUCUGUGAUAUGUUCUUUUAACUGUUUCGCAUGAGUAAUUGAAUGAUGAGCUUGUAUAUUGUACUGCAAAACCUAUGUUGGUCCCUGUUGUUUCUUUUGCUUGGUUGUGUUAUUGGGAAAUGAGGUUUACAGUUCAUGCUUA